AUGACGGUAUUUCAUAAAAAUAACAGUAUGGACGACUCUGACGGCGAAAACCAACGACCUUUUGAAUGUAGUGCAAGUGGUGAAGAGACAACUUUCAGAACACGGAGACGCAGGAAUUAUAACAGAGAACGUUCAGAGUACUCUCGACGUGGAUCUGUCUCUCCUGGUGCCAACUCAGGUGAUGAAUACGAUGUCGGAUUCAAAGAUGAGAAAAUGGAUGCCGAUUUUGCUCUUCUUCUGAAGAGAACUCGAGGUUUCGAGAUAAGACCAGUACGAGGAGAUGGGUCAUGCAUGUUCAGAGCUGUUGCUGACCAACUUUAUGCUGAUCAAGAAAUGCAUGGAGAAGUAAGAAGACUUUGCAUGGAUUACAUGGCUCGUAAUCGAGAACAUUUUGCUCCAUUUGUUGCUGAAGAUUUCUCGUCCUACCUCGCUCGCAAGCGCAGGCUCGGACAGCACGGGAAUCAUGUGGAAUUACAAGCCAUUUCAGAGAUGUGCGCUCGUCCAAUAGAAAUUUACGAAUACAGUGAAAUCCCUCGAAACAUCUUCUAUCCAGCGAUAAACAGACUGGAAGUGCUGGUGCCCAUUCGUCUGAGCUAUCAUGGUUCCUCUCACUACAACUCUGUCGUAGAUCCAUACGCUCCUGCUGUUGGAGUGGUAGGGUUACCUAACUAUGCUUCGCCCGGAGCCAACAAUGUACGACAAGCUGUCAAAGACAGCAGUGAUGAAUGCGUGGAGCAAGCGAUAAUGCAGAGUCAGCUUGAACUCACAGAUCUAGAACGAACUGAGAGGGAAAUCAUCGAGCAAGUUGAGCGUGAUUCUCGCCUGGAUUACAUAGCAAACGAAGGUGCUGAGCCUUCACCGCAGACUUCGUCUAACCUUUAUGAGGAGCUUCUGGCUAUCCAAGAGUGUGGUGGAUGGCCGGACAACGAAAUGGACGAAGAUUGUGCGCUUGCCCAAGCUUUAGCGAUGAGCGAAGUAGCCUAUAUGCAAGAACUUCAGCUCAGAUUCGGUUGUGAUUUUGAGGAUACUAACAACAAUGACAGGAGAGCUUAAUUUGUGUCGGUAUUUCAUAUGCGUUUCAAAUAUUAUUUAUAUGCUCAUUUACAGUGUUUGUGGAUAGUUCGCUAGUUGUCGAUUGCCUGCUGUCAUAAUGUGCUUUUAUCGAGUGAGGCCCUCACCUUUGUGAUGUAUACGUCCAAUAAUUAAGCUUUCAUCUCAUUCACGUUUCCUGGUAGCUGGUAUUCCUUUCUUUUCUGCAUGACAUUUCAGGAGGGCUUUUAUGAGCAUAAUUAGGACACGUGUUUGAUCAGCAUUAAUACUUUGUACCCAGUUCUCUAACUUGUGAUAGUAUCAUGUUACAUGGAGUUAUUCGAAUAUAUCCAGUGCAUCUUAAAUUUACACUAUGUGCAUAGUGAAAUUUUGCUGUCUUCUUGUCGAAAUCAAUAAAAAUUGGUCUACGGGAU